AUGAAAAUGAAACGUUCAAAAAUUGACAUUAUCAAUUCAACUGUUGAAUCGUAUUUAAAACGUCGUGGUUAUCAGGAUAUUGAUAUUUUCAAUAAAUCGGACCACAAUAAAACAAUAACUAGUGAAGAAUCAUUGUUACGUGAAAUGGCACAGUCAGCAACAUCGACUAAAAAUUCAAUUAUUUUUAGUGCGAUUACCAACGACGUUACUGCUGCUGACCAGGCGUAUAAAAAACUACGGGCAUGGAUAAAUUUAAUAAAUGAUGAGACAGUUCAAGAAGACCUAAUGAAUCUUCUGUAUCCAAUUUUCUGUCACUUGUACCUAGAGAUGCUGCACGCGGGAAAUUUGCAGGCGGCUAUUGAAUUCUUUAACAGCAAUCGAAGUGACUUUAUUACGUGUAAAGAAAAAAAUUUUCUCGACGAAUUAUCCUGUGUGUUUUCGAUACAGGAUGCUGAGUCUAAGCCAAUUGUUAAUGCGUUUAAAAUCAGAAAGUAUAGAGUUGACAUGUCUGAUGAAUCUCACAAUGCAUUACAGAAAUAUUUGGCUAAACAUGGUCAUGUUAUUAUCAUGCAGAUAAUUAAUAUACACGUCACAAUAAAUAUAAAAAUAGAGAACAUGAUGGAAGAAGAAGAAGAAAAUGACAGUGGUUCCAAGUUUGGAGAUAUCAAUAUCAAUGGCCAUAUGGAACAGAAUGCUGGUACUGGAACGGAUAGAGAGAUGAGAGAAUUGUUGGAAGUCAUUAGAGGGUUAAAUAAUAAUCCGUAUAAACCUUUGAAAAUAUUUCGUAUUGGAAAUUCUAUUGAGAAAGGUAGCUGCGCAACAAUACCCAAUAAAAUGGAUAAAUUUGCCGUAGGUUUUAACGAAAAUACUAUCAGACUAUGGCCAAUGGGAAGCACAAGAUUAAUGAGGCCAUUGUCUAAGCCUCCAAUGAAAAAAAUCAUUUGUGGAAGUGAAAUUGAUAUCAAUAUUGAUAACAAUGAUGUUGAAGUAGAAUCUUCAGGUGCAGUAGUUUUGCGUGGACAUACAGAUGCUGUCCACGACAUGAGAUUUAUCCAUGAUUCGGAAAUUCUUCUCUCAGUAUCAAGUGAUAAUGAUAUGAGAGCGUGGAGUAUGGUUAACUACAGUUGUAUUGGAACUUAUAACGGCCAUAAUUAUCCAAUUUGGUGUAUGGAUACGAGCUUAGACGACACGUAUAUUGCAACGGGCUCGCAUGACCGUACGGCCAAGUUAUGGACUCUGGAUAGAAAAUUUCCAGUUAGGAUAUUUGCCGGUCAUUAUAUGGAUAUAAAUUCAAUUAAAUUCCACCCAAAUGGAAAUUAUUUGGCAACGGGUUCUGCUGACAAAUCGGUUAAGUUAUGGAGUAAAGAAAACGGCGAAGCGUUGAGAUCUUAUCCAGGUGUUCAGUCAACUAUUUAUUGUCUAGCCUUUAGUCCAGAUGGAAAAUAUCUCGCUGCUGCUGGCGAUGACAAAACGGUAUUAAUUUGGGAUUUAGCGACAGACGGUCUUUUGAAUGAACUGAAGGGUCAUGAAGGUACGAUAAUGAAUUUAGACUGGAGUCCCGAUGGCCAGUUUAUCGUCAGUGGGGACAUGAAUGGUACUGUUAGAUUAUGGUCUGCCAAAAUAGCUACUAAUAAUGGUAUUAGCAUACCAAUGCAAUCAACGUCUGAGAUAGAUAUUCCAGCGGUGCAAGUAUUACAGUCAAAUGGUAAAGCAAUUUUAACAUUACGAUUUAAUCCAAGAAAUAAUUCACCGAUGUGCGUCGUUACUGCAUAAAAAAUUGAUAAAUAUUUUUUUUUAAUACGUCUCUCUAAAAAGUCUCGACC